UUUAACGAUCGAUAAUUCGAUAUGCUUUCACCUUUCCAACAAUCGAGAGAAUUUAACCCAACAGUUUAGAACAGUUGGUUGGCUGAUUGUUAAUAUAGGCAUAUAUAUAACUACAGAGUCGAAGGGUCGACUCUUGUAUGUGUGCCCGUGUUAAAAGGUUUUGAAUCUAGCUUUCAUCGAGUAAGGGUCAACCUGGAAUGAAUUCGAAUUGAGAUGAGAGGAGCCAUGGAUGGUGAAGCUGUGGCGACCUUUGCCUCGUUAGGUGCCGAUAUCAGAAGCCUGCAGCGAUCACUGGCGGAGAACGAGCUGUCGCUUCAAUGGUGCAAUGAAGCGGUGGCUCUGCUGAAGAAGAUGCAUUCUAUGCUUGUCGUUUUGUUUGAGAACGUGAAACCGCCUUUGUCGUGGAGUGGCAUUAGCAGCAACCAUUUGGAUGAGUACAUGGAUGAGAGCUUGGACAUUUUGGAGCUCUGCAACCUGCUGAAAUACGCGGCAUCUGGUAUCAACAGGUAUUGCCUCAAGAUCGACUUUGCACUCGAGGAUAUCCAGAGUGGGGAGGUUGAUUCCCUGCACGAAAUUCAGAAACCGGAACUGGAUAGCAACAAAGUCAGUAAAAUUGAGAGGUGGAGAAACACCAACACGCAUAAACCUGCAAUAACUAAACACAAGGUCAAAGACAGUUCAUUCAGCGUUAUAUACGGGCUCAGAUCAGCCAUGAAUAUCAUCUCUUUGAUCCUUCUCUAUGCAUUUCGCUAUCCUAUCCCUACGAAACAUGAAAAGCUGCAUUGCCUCAACCCCCAACUGAAACCAUUCAUGGACUCUGUAAAAGAUCUCACCUCGUGUUUUGAGCAAAAACGCCAAAUGCCUGCAGAAAAUCUGAGUGCGGGCUUCCUGGAGUAUGAUUUGAUGGAGAAAGCUAUUGAUGAACUCAGAGCUCAGCUUAAUAAGGAGAAGGCUGCAGAAGAAGAGAACUUACAGGCAAGCAGAAGGUUGGUAGAGCAGAAAGCUAUGGCUCUGAAAGCUGGUUUGAAGGUGUUUGAAUCAGAAAUCAUUCAGCUUUUUGAAGCAGCACUCAGGGGAAGAAACAAGUUGAUUCAGAUGAUCAUGAAAAAUUAAUGCAGCUUAGAUUGCUUUCAAAUUUGAAUGUCCAUUUUGUUCAAAAGAUACAAAAUCAGACAUGCCAAGGAAAAUAAACCAAACAUUCAGAGAUUCUCUGUAGUCUGUACUCUGUGUGGAUUUCAUUGUGGAAACUUUUCUUGUAAUUUUAGUUUGAGUGAUUUUGAUUGCUAUUCUCUCCUUCUGUCAA